UUUUGUGGGGUUGUUUUUGUUGAUUUUUUUGUUGCUAAUUGUUUUAAAGUUCUGCUUUAUUCCCAUUCCUUAAACAAGACCCAUCCAAAUUCUGGACAGGAAUAUGGAAAUAUGGAAGCCCAGAUGUGGAAUAUGGAAACUGCUGAGCUGAUUUAGUUUAAAGGAACUCCAGCUGAAGGGAUUUUUUUUUUUUUCCCCCCCAAGGUGGUGGAUGUAGGAAUGUUGAGUUCUAGGUGUGUCUCACUUCCCAAGGAAAGGAAAUGCCACCUUCCAGCCUGGGAAUUCCUUGUGAUUUGUGUUUGAAUGCCUUUGCUCAGCCAAGCCAUGGCCCUUCAUUACCACCCACUGAAGUGUUGCCUCCUGCAAACCCAAGAAUUCGGCCUUGAAAUUUAAUCUAAAACUCCCAAAAGAGAAAACACUCAGAAGAAUGUGUCUCCUUGAAACCUCCCCACGAAGGAGCUCCAGGAAGUUUUAGAAUUAGAUUCCGAGGAACCUGCAUGACACAAAGUCUGUUUUUGAAGGUGCUAAAGGUCAGGAGUGAAUAAUCCCACAGAUAUGGAAGAAGGGAAGGAAACCCUGCACUUAACUCCUGUUUUUAUUCCCUUUAUCAAGCAGUCAAAAAACAAUAACACCUGUGAGAACCCAACUUUUCCUCUCUUUAUUUUAGAUUUGGGAAAAUUCCUUGCCAAAAAAAAAAAAAAGUGUCCUGGAAAAUUCACUAGUGUUUGUGAGAAGGGAACUGGAUGUCUGGGAAGAUCAAAGUCUGUGCUGAAGUUGUCCAGGGUUACUUUUAAAAAGAAGAUUUCACUGCUAAGCCAGUAGAAGACUUUGAGUCCCAGAAAAGUGAAGCCAGUUCUUGCCAAGGCUGGAGGAAGACCCUGAGAUCAAACCCUGAGAGCUUAUUCCAAGAGUUUAUCCAUUAUGUCCAACCAGGGAGACGACUGCUACUUCUACUUCUAUUCCACGUGCAACAAGGGAGACAGCUGUGCCUUCCGCCACUGUGAGGCAGCUCUGGGAAGUGAGACCGUCUGCACCCUCUGGCAGGAGGGUCGUUGUUUCAGGAAUGUCUGCAGGUUCAGACACAUGGAAAUCGAUAAAAAGCGGAGCGAGAUCGCCUGUUACUGGGAGAACCAGCCCGGGGGCUGCCAGAAGUACAACUGUGCUUUCCACCACACCAAAGGCCGUUAUGUCGAUGGGCUCUUCCUGCCCCCAAGCAAAACCACACUCCCCAGCCCACCUGAGUCUGCAGAAGAUGAUGUGAAAAUGGCUCAGAUGUCGCUGCAGCAAAACAAACUCUCUGUGCAGUCCAACCCCUCCCCACAGCUGAGGGGGGUGAUGAAAGUGGAGAACUCAGAAAAUGUCCCGAGUCCUACACACCCUCCAGUUGUCAUCAAUGCUGCAGAUGAUGAUGAAGAUGAUGAUGACCAGCUUUCUGAAGAAGGAGAAGAAACUAAAACACCUGUCCAACAGCCAGCCACAGAAGCCCAUAAUGGAUUGAGGCUGAUUUCCACUAGGAAAUCCAAUGCUAAUACAAAGCCAGAUGACAAUUUAAAUUUCGGAAUAAAAACACUCGAAGAAAUCAAAUUGAAGAAACUAAAGGAAAAAGCCAAAAAACAAGGUGAAGGUCCCUCAGGAGUUGCUGUUGAUCCGCUCCAAGCUCGGACAAUUCCUGUGCCAGAGAAGGAAAACGUAAGGACAGUGCUGAGAACUGUCACUCUGUCCUCAAAGGAAGGAGAGGAUCCUGUGAUCCAGCUGAAUCUUCCUGACAGACUGGGAAAACGGAAAACUCUCGUAGCUGGGAAAACCUUCCUUCCUCUGCGGCGUAACGUUGCUGACAGGCUGGGCAGGAAGACAGAGAUGCUGGAGAAUGCUGAGAAGGCCCCCAGGAGAGGCACAGUUCAAGUGCUGAAGUCCCUGAAGGAGAGGCUGGGACAGCCCCCUGAACAGAGCAGUACAGAGACAGAGAAGGCUGCCAAGCCCAUGGAGGAGAUCCGGGUGAAGACCCUGGAGGAGAUUCGCCUGGAGAGGGCAAAGCAGAGGCGGGGGGAGCCCCCGGGCAAAGCCCCCGGCGAGGGCCGCAGGGCAGAGGAGCCCGGCACGGGGACCAGACCUUCCCCCCCUGUGCGCAUCAAAUCCCUCUCGGGAGCCCUGGCUGAGAAGAACCACAAGAGGCUGGAGGAAGAGAAGGAAAAGCCGGAGGAGUUCCCUGCCAAGCCGAAAGCUGAGGGAGAGCCCAGGAGGAGCGUUGCUGCUCCAGCCGUGCCCGGCAGGGUGCAGCUGGCAGAGCCCGGCAGAGCCAAACCAGCGGGAGAGGUGCGGAUCAAAACCUUGGAGGAGAUCAAGAGGGAGAAAGCUCUGAGGAUGCAGCAGAGUGGGGAGAACGUGCCGGCUCCUCCUGCACAGCCCGAGCCUGCCCUCAGAGGGAGGAAACUCCUGCGGGUCACCAAGCUCAUAGCACCUGGAAGAGAAGAAAAAAUGAUAGUGGAAUUGAACAAACCUUCUCCAAAAACUGUCUCUGCAGCUGCAGAGUCCUCUGGUCAGAGUGCAGCUAAUUCCACAGUCCAGGUGAAGAGCCUGGAGGAGAUCAUGUGGGAGAAGCGGCAGCUGAAGCAGCGCCAGGAGAAGCUGCAGAAGGAAGCAGCUGCUGUGCCAACCCCAGUGGAGAAACCAGCCAAGGACAGAACUCCACCAUCAGGGAGCCCUGAAUCCGCCGUGGUUUCAGGAUCAGCUUAUCAGCUUGGGAGGAGGAAACUGGUGAAGCCUCAGGAGGAUGGGAUGGGAAGCCCGGAGAAGGACCCUGCUGUGUCCCCAGGGAAAAAGGCAGCCCAGCCUCUGGAACGGAAAGCUAAAAACAAAUCCAAGGUGUGCCUGAAGCCUUUGGAUGGGAAAGCCACGUCCUCCCCCAGGCAGAGCCUGAAACGCAAGGCCACCGAGAGCCACCCCACUGCCGUGGUGGCCGUGAAGCCCCUCAGUGCCACCGGUGGGGACACCAAGGAGCCCUCAGCCAGGAAAGCAGCUGCGGCCGUGGCCCCUGCUUUGCCAGAGGACAGCCUGGUCUCCAUACCUCGGAGGGAAAAACCCCAAACCAGCCCGGAGCUCCACAUCGGGAGCCAGGCAGACUCCCUGGCGCAGUCAGAGGUCUCCAGCUCAACUUCAGCCCCCUCGGAAGUGCCGGUGAAGAUGCGCCGGCUGAGCUCCACGGGCUCUGCCAAAGCACCUCUGUCUGUGGAGGACGACUUUGAGAAGCUCAUUUGGGAAAUCUCAGGAGGCAAACUGGAAGCAGAGAUUGACCUGGACCCAGGGAAGGAUGAGGAUGACCUCCUCCUGGAACUUUCGGAGAUGAUUGACAGCUGAACUGCAGUGUCUUAAAAAAAAAAAAAGAAAAAAAAACAACACCAAAAAAAAUAUCCAUAACCCUCCUCCCCCCCUACACAACCCCCAAACCUGUAUAUUUUGUUGGAUACAUGGAGGUGAUCCUUUCCUAGCUGAGGCUGAAGGCACAGUUGGAUGGGUAGGAUUAGGCAGGAUCUGCACUCAGUUGUCCUGAAUUUCCCCGGGACUGUCUGUGGCUCCUUCCACACGGAGAGGACAAAGCACUUGUGUUUUUUUUGGGGGGGGACACAGAGAUCCCAUCUCCAGACUGUGGUGGUUGUGAACUGAUCUGCUCGUUCUGUGACGCUCCAAAGGCUUCAAACAAAAGCUUCCACCUUCCCCCCCUCCCUGGCACAACCCAACGUUCUGCACAUUUCAGCGCUUCGUGUUCGGACCCCGUGGACAGUUGGUACCCAAAGCCUGGAGUUACUAUGUCAACUCUUGAGUUUUACUGCUGUACGCUGUCAUUUUGACUUUAAUUAGGGGAAUUAAUGACAAUGCUGGGGGGGGGGGAGGGAGGGAGCAGAUUAAUUAGUAUUUCGGACCAAACACGCUGCCAAGGGCGGUGGCUGGGGUGUGUCCAUCCAGCCUUACUUUGAAUUAUCAGGGUGCUUUUUCCUAAUGGGAACGGGAUCCUGGGGUGGGCAGCCAGGAUUCCUCUCCUUGUCUGCAGUGAAUUGGGAAAGGAAGAAUUGGUUUAAGUGCCUCUUGGUUCCAAGGAUUGCUCCCCUGAGCUGCCGACCCUUCAUCCUGCUGAAGGAAUUCCUCACGCCGUGAUGUCCGCCAGCAUCCGUCUCACGUGCCCAUGGAAUGACUCUGGGAGAGAGGAAGAGGGCAUGGAAGGUUUCCUCCUCCUCUAUCAGCCCAGGGAGGUGGGAUUUUGGUGUAUACCAUGGUUUCUGUAAAUAUUUUAUUCUUCCAUUUUAUAUUUGUAUUCUAUUUAAGGUAUUAAACGUAGGCUGGUCA